AUGAAAUUCAGCCUUGCUCUAUUAUUCACGGCUGUGGCAGUUGCACAAACUCCAGCCAAGAGAGCCGAUACGAUCUCAGUUACUGGCACUGCUCCAGGGUUUGCAUACGGAGUCACGGGAGGUGGAAAGGCGACGCCAGUUCAUCCCACCGAUGUCAAGCAUCUAAUCGAGCUUCUGGGUUCUGAUGAUCCUCAGGUUAUCGUUAUCGACAGGACAUACGAUUUCAUCGGAACGGAAGGGACAACGAAGGGAACCAUCUGCAAGUCAUAUGGCGCCUUUGAAGAUGGUUGCCAGUCCACGAUAGAUAUCGGAAAAGGAUGCGAUGGUAAACCAUCUGAGCAGUAUGAAUGGGAUACUGCUGGAACCCAGGGAAUCCGUGUGCACUCGGACAAGACGAUCAUCGGAGUCGGAAACAAGGGCGUACUCCUCGGCAAAGGACUGAGAAUCGUCGACGCCUCCAACAUCAUUAUACAGAACAUCAUGAUCACCAACCUCAAUCCGAAGCUUGUCUGGGGUGGUGAUGCCAUCACACUCUCUAGCACUUCAAAGGUCUGGAUUGACCAUGUUACGACUCAAUACACUGGCCGUGUACACUAUGUCUUUGGUCAAGAAGCGAACUCUCAUGUCACUAUCUCCAACAGCUUUAUGAAUGGCGCAACCAACUUCUCUACUUCGUGUGACGGACAACAAUACUGGGGAUUGGAGCUUGUCGGGGCCGAUGACCAGAUCACGUUUGCAAACAACUACGUGUACGGCACGUCCGGCCGCAGCCCUGCACUGAGCGGCAAGACGCUCUUCCAUGCCGUCAAUAGCGUGUGGGAGAAUAACAACGGCCACGGCAUUGAGGGCACCGACGAUGGCCAAGGUCUCUUCGAAGGCUGUGUCUUCAACAAUGUCAGCCAAAUUGUCGGGGAUUUCGUCGGUCAACUCUUUAGCUCGCCGAGUGCUACUGCAAACAAAGCAUGCUCCGGUUACUUUAAGAGGGACUGCGUGACGAAUAUUCAAGUAGACUCUGGGGCUCCGUUUACGAAUGCCGAUACUAAGUUCUUGUCGAACUUCGCCGGUCUCACUGUUGCAACUGCCAGUGCAGCUUCGGAGGCCCAGGCAAGCGUCCCAACCAAUGCUGGAAACACGCUUAACAAUGUCUAA